CGACCUCCUCAUUCGCUCGCAGCAAGAUGGCUGCCUCGAGGCCCGCACGGCCAAAGGCCCUGGACUGGUCGGGCCCAUCUCACCUUGCCAUCUUUAUCCGCAACUUGAAGCUUCUUCAAAUAGAUCAGCGCGAUGACUGGCCCGGUAUCAACCUUCGCGCGUUGUCGCCGUCGUCACAAAAUCAGCGCCAGCGAACUCGCCUGGUAGAAUGGUCUUUAUACUAUCUGUUUACGAUUUGGGAUCCUGAGGUUGCUCAUAAUAAACUCCGUCCCUUUUUCCCACCACUAGAACCCCUCCAAUCCGUCAACCUCCGCGCCGCUAUAUUCCGAGUUCUAAGUGAUUUAAAGAAGAAUGGCGACCUUGGACGAGAAACAAUCCUUCGGAAGACUAUGCUGGAUGAUUGUAAAGGGGAGAAAUUCGACGAACUGCUUUCGGUAUUUUCCACGGCAGUCCUACGGAAGUUGAUUACCGCAACGGCUUCGGAAAUGAUCUGGAAUCCUGCAAUGACACUAUCUACCGUGUCGGCGAUUUCUCCGACAGAUUAUCAAAAUCUGAUACCUUUGAUACUCGCCCACCAAGUCUCCCUCAAUGCGACGGGAGCUCGCCGCUCGCGAGUACAGGAGACCAACGAGCAGUUCUCGCGGCUGCUUGAUGAUAAGCAAGACGAGCUUGGAGAUCGGGCGAACAAUCUUGCUGCUCAAAAUCUUGAUCAGCCACAGACAGAUUCAAAUGGAUUGGCGCACGAGCUUCAAACGAAUUGGCUGGGCAGCGAGGAAUGGGCUACCGCUCUUCUCAACGGUGGAGCCCAAUGCAGCGCCGAUGCUUUUCUGGAGCUCCCAUUUUCCAAAGCGUGGAAGAAGGCCACGGAAUCGACCGUGGAUGGUCUCAGUAGUGGCGUCAAAUCGGACCUUGUGGGGGAUCUAGAGGCUCGAGUGCUGCGAUUGCGAGGUCGACUGCGCAGAUGGCAUCAAUUCAGUGACUCCCUUCGCAAAGAACGUGACGGGGGCGAAGGUGCAACGAAUGCCGCUCUUCAAGAACCGCGUCUAGUCUUCCGAAACCAUCAGUCAUUGACUGUAGCUAGCAUAUCCAAGACGGUUCGAGAAUUAGCAGACCGUGGGAGAACCCUGAACGAAGCCGAUCGUUCUCUCAUGUCGAGUGUGAGAGAAGCCAUUACACGCGUAAACGGCAAGUCUCGCAUUGAACAAGCUCAGCCAUCGGUGGGCUUUUCGGAGACAGUGUCCCCACCAGCCUCGGCGAUGAACCACCCUCAACCAACGAGAAUAUCAACAUCAGAGGAUACCCAACGUUCCAUGCCUUCAAUACGCAAUUCGCCAGAGAUGCUAAUCGAGCCAAAAGCGGAGCCUGCUUAUUCUUCGCCUCCGACUGUCCACCUGCCACCGGGUCAUCACUCUGAAUCCGACGACUUCGAAGAUCAAGAUCAAGAACCAGAUAAAGAACGAGAACAAGAGCGAGCACACGAACCCCCCGAGCCCUCAACUUCAAGCUACACCCUUGUCGAACGCACCCGCAAAUCAAUGUCCCUCAUCCCACCCCUCCAAGCCCACGAAUUCCAACCAAAACGCCGUGGUCCUCGCCCCUCAUUCCCAGUGAACCAAUUCGAAACACCUCGCAAAUCCUCGCGGCCAAAGAUCACACGUUCCUCCACGCCGAAGGAUAAACUCUUUGAAGAAGACGCUGAUUAUGCGAGCGUCUUCAAAUCACGGCCUCGUGUUGCUCACAGUCCCAUCUCUUCGCCGGCAGUGCAUGUCAGUCCCUCGGUGGAUGAAGAUGAUGGGUUUGAGUUGGAGUAUGACGAGGCGGAUUUGAGGGACAUGGAUUCGCCUUUGGUUACGUCGCGGUUUCGGGGGUGAUUGAAAGAUCAAAGAACAGCGAUGAAUUGUGAUUAUUCCACAAAGCGGGGAAGCUAUAGAUAAUUGAUAAUUUAAUGUAUAUUGGGACCUCUGAAAUACUGAUAUGUACCAGCUGGUUGACUUUGCCGUUCCUUAGAUGCCGUAGUACGGCUCCUUCGUGACCUCUCCCUCGUCGUACCAACAUGAAAAACCUGAUCUCACCCAAUCGAGGUCAUUUUCCCCUGCUUCUCGCUUUGUUCAACUAGCUCAUCCCAAUGAUCACUGAGAAGCCC